UUUAUAUGUAUUUUAUUUAAACGUGUUGAUACGAUUUAUAAUGAAAUUUUUUAGCAUUAUCUUUCUCAUAUUUUCAGUCUUUAACAGCAAAAUUGUUUCACAAGUUGAAACUGAUGAUGUAAAUAUAGAGGCUACUGAAGAGGAAACUUUACUGCCAGUUUAUGAUGUACACAAAGAUAAUAAGCCAAUAAAACAGGAUGAAUCGUUGCAAGCAGGAUAUGAUUUGCAUGACAUAUUGCCCAGCCAUGUUCAUUCCAAAAUUUUAUUCACUGAUCCUGCCCUUCACACUGUUACAGAACUUCCUACAAAUACCCCUAUUCACGUACUGCUCUCCAUAGCUAACCAAGCCACAUCUCCUUCUCCUAUUCUAUUGGAGAAGAUAGCUGCUUCCAUCAGAUAUCCACAAGACAUUACCUUCUUCAUUCAGAACUUUACCUCGAAGUACUUGUCCCACUCUUCUAACCUAUGGAAUUAUAAAUAUCCAUCUGACAACCCUUCGGAUAAGUUUUUUCACCUAUCCCCUGGCUUUAGGGCCUCCUUUAAUUACGACAAUAUUAGGGCCAGUGAACAGCUGGCAGGAAGACCCUUUACUCUUGUAGUCACCGUGGUGUACCGUGAUUUCAAUAUGAGCCAAUACGAGAAGACAAUUUUUAACCAAACUGUGAUGUUUACAGAACUAGAAACGGGAUUAGAUGGACAGACAUUUUUCCUCUAUCUCUUAAUGGCCGGCUGCAUUGUCCUAGCCGUAUUAUUGUGCCAAAACUUCGUAACUGUUUGGGGGAGGAAGAAAUUAAACGCCGUGUCUAGUGGUCACUUUUCAUCCGGUUCCAGCAACGCUACCUCCAAGUCCUUCGAAAUGGGAACGCAGCAAAUAGAAGGAGUCGAUUUAGAUUGGAUACCCCUAGAAACUCUGAAUCAAUACAAUAAAAAGAAAAUGGAUUCAAUCUCCCCGAAAUUGCAUAGAAGAAAUAAUGCGCCAUCUACAGCCACCCACAAGAAAUGAACUUUAAAAUUAUAAUUAUGACGUUUUUUUUUAUCAUUUCAUCUUUCUAAUUAUUUCCCUCUCAAAUUUUUAUAUUUAUUGUUUCGCAGUUAGCGGUGUUCUCGAUUGGAGUCGGUUUUUUAAAUACGGUUAACCCAAUAUUUUAGCCAGAAAA